AUGGAAGCUAUUAUAACUCCCCCAGAAAGACCGGAGGAUUGGGGCAGGAUUUUAAUGAAGCUCUAUGACGAUGUCGUUCCCAGAACUGCUAAGAACUUCCGUGAACUCUGCACCGGCGAGCAUGGAUACGGCUACAAAGGAUCCAAAUUCCACCGUGUGAUCGCCGGCUUCAUGGCUCAGGGUGGUGACUUUACCCGAGGCGAUGGUACUGGUGGAAAGUCCAUCUAUGGCGAGGAGUUCGACGAUGAGAACUUCGUAAAAAAGCAUAACAAGCCAUACCUCCUUUCUAUGGCCAAUGCAGGCAAAAAUACGAACGGAUCCCAGUUCUUCAUCACCUUUGAUGAAACCUCUUAUCUCGAUGGUAUGCAUGUUGUUUUUGGUGAAGUUGUGUCAGGGGUGGAAUGCAUUAAGAAGACGGAGGGGAAGUCUCUUGACGACGAUGGUACAACUGACGGCACUAUCACAAUCUCUGAUUGCGGUACAUGUUAG